AUGGAUUCCGCCGCGCGGCCCGACGAGGAGGAGGCACGCCGCCGCCGGAGCACCGACUGCAUCUACUUCCUCGCCUCCCCGUUGACCUGCAAAAAGGGAAGUGAAUGCGAGUACCGUCACAGCGAUGCUGCCAGGAUGAAUCCCAGGGACUGCUGGUAUUGGUUCCAUGGCAACUGCGCCAAUCCUAAAUGCUCCUUCAGGCACCCGCCAUUAGACAACCUGGCCGGAGCACCAACAACUCCACGUCCAGCUCAACAGUCUGUACCCCAAGCUUCAGCUUCUGUUCCAGCUCAACCCCAUGGAUCUGUUCCUGCCAUUGCCAAGCAGGGUGUUCCAUGUUAUUACUUUCAGAAGGGCAUGUGCACAAAAGGGGACAGAGCACGCCUGCGUGUAGGCGUGAUUGACAAGCCAAAGGCCAGCGCUCAUGAUGGUAAACUGCUUCAUCACAAGCAAAGUCCGACGAUGAGUAGGGCCGAUCAUCGAUCAAGAGUUUAUCAGAAUCACAGUAAUUCUUAUGCACAGCCUGGUGCACCAAAGUGUUACCAGCCUCGGCCUUCAGUCCAGGAUGGCUUAACUGACAAUGGUAUGGAGGUGGGCGAAUUUGUGAGAGAACCAUCCGCUGGUUCUGGCGUGAUUGUCGGUGCUGCUGACGACGACGCCAACAGUCAUUCAAGGGAAACCAUACCACUUACAACCAUCGUGCUAAUGGAUCAACUGAAGCCCCUGGUAAGCAUGACACUCAUCUUGAGGAUGAGCGCAAUGACCAACAUCGUCGGCAAGAGGCUUGGGCCACGUUCAGAGGAGUGGGAUAGAGGUUCUAGAGUCAGAUUGUCACCACCAAAACCCUCAGACCUUCGAGGGAGGCUUCAUGAAAGGCUAAAGGCUAGAUCAGCUGAGGAGAUACCGGGUAACAGUGCAAAAGAUUUGGCGGUGAAGGAAAAUAGCAGUGAGGAUACUGAAUCACUGAACUUUGCUGGUCCAAAGAGCCUUGCAGAGUUGAAGGCAAAGAAAGAUGUUGGCAGGUCAGGAGAAGAUGCCAUCGUCAAGGGCUUAGGCUCUUCUCGUGUGACUUCAGAAAUAGUUUCGAGCAGGGAGGCUGCUCCGUUUGAAGGUCCAAAGCCCCUGAGUGCCAUACUGAAGAGAAAAAGAGAGGCGACUUCUGAAAUCCCCGCUGCCCAGCCUGGCAUCAUACAGGAAGCAGAUAACUACACUGCAGGAGCGGAAGAAGAAUUCCAAACUGUGGCAAAUGACACGGUUGGGGAGAACAUGGAGGCAUUGGAGAAGAAGAGGAGGAAGAGGAAGCCUUCCAUCCUGAAGAUGAUCGCCCAAGAGCUGGACGAGUAUCAAGAUGCAGAGGCAGCAGCAGAAGACAACACCGAUGAAGCUGCAGCGGCCCAAGAGCUGGACGAGUAUCAAGACGCAGAGGCAGCAGCAGAAGACUAUGACGAUGAAGCUGCAGCAGCCCAAGAGCUGGAGGAGCAUCAAGACGGAGAGGCAGCAGCGGAAGACUAUGACUAUGAGGCGGUGGACGCCAACGCUGAGGAGGAGAAUGACUACCAGGAGUACCAAGACGACGCGACGAUCUAG